AUGAAGAUUUCUUCGUGGAUCGCCGAAUCCCAUUCUCCAUCUACCAAUUCUCAAUCUGUUUCCUCUUCAAAGGUUUUCUUUCUAAUGGCUGAAGCUAAAUCAGCUAUGAGGAAGCCAGUUUUCACCAAGGUUGAUCAGCUCAGGCCUGGAACUAAUGGACACAAUAUUGUAGUGAAGGUCGUGAGUGCCAAUGUGGUAAUGCAGAAGGGCAGGCCAGAUGGGCCCAAACUACGUCAAAUGCGGAUUGCUGAAUGCUUGGUCGGAGAUGAAACUGGGACCAUUGUGUUUACGGCAAGGAAUGACCAAGUGGACCUGAUGAAGCCUGAAUCUACGAUAAUAUUACGAAAUGCAAAAAUUGACAUGUUCAAGGGAUCAAUGAGGCUUGCAGUGGAUAAGUGGGGACGCGUAGAAGUUACUGAACCAGCCAGCUUCACCGUCAAUGAAGAUAAUAACCUGUCGUUGGUGGAAUACGAAUUGGUCAAUAUUGUGGAGGAGUAA